AUGGAGGAAAAGAGUUCAAGUGCUCCUAUAGAGCUUGCCGAGCCCCUGUCUAGCCUAGUCCCAUCAAACGCCAUGGCCACAGAUCAAUCAAACCCAGGAGACUUCAUAAGCUUAAGUAGCGAUGACGAACCCCCUUUGGCCAAGAAAAGGAAGUCCCCAGAAAAUGACAUCUCCAAUAUUGCUGGACUGGAUGCCCCUGCAGAGCGCUCUAAGCGUGCCAGAGUAAGCUCUGCCUCUGCUAGCAGCACAGGCGCAAAAGUAUCAGAGGAGGGAGAGAUUGACGAGGAUGAGGGCUCUGAGGGCGAGAUCCGUACCCCUAGUACAGGCGGCGAUGGGAAGAAGUCAAGAGGCUUUGCGUCAAGCGGCGCCUUUGUGCCCAAAUCCCCUCCGGUUUACACCAGUGAUUCGAUAUCUCUUCAAUUGCCCGUGUUUUCUCAGCAAAGGGAGGGAACCUGGCUUGCAAGAUUCGAGGAGUGGGCACAACUUCUCUGCACGGCCAACGCAACGAGUUUCGCCAAGCUGACACCAAAGGUGAUCCAAGAUGCCUACAAGCAAUACAUUGAUACUCACAGUAGGCUGAAGGCCAAUAAGAAGCGCGCUGCGAGGCAGGCGGCCGAACAAUACAAGGAUACAUCUCUGGCAGACUUGAUAAAGUCUCUCCAGCCACGCCAGAGUAAUGUUGCACAGCUCCCAGCGGUGCUGCCUGAAGCUUUGGGCGAACUCAAAACUCAGAGCGACGCCUCCAGCCAAUUGCCAGCCCGGGCUCAGGUCAGCCAUAAGAGCGAAAACCUCGACCCUGCUGUGCCACUUCCUCCCAAAUCUUUGACAACACAAACUGAUGGUUACUUUGUCAUUGACGUGAAGCCGCAGCCUCUCCAGACAGCAAACUCGCGCGAACCUCGACCAAUGUCACAGCUAGCACCUCAACCUGCUGCCAAAACCGCCAUGUCGCAGCGGCCAGGCCUGCUUUCGGGGGAAGAUGCCCUGGAGCAACAGCGCCGGUAUUUCCCUUCAGCCAGCGAUCCGUCCAACAUGUGCUUGCUUUGCGGACGAGAGGGCCAUACCGCAGACGGCUGCACAAACUGCGCGUGCAAACGUUGCGGACAAGACGACCAUUGGCAAUAUGCUUGCCCAUCUCUGGACCUCAAGUGCGACAAAUGCGAUAUUCGUGGCCACUCAGCCGCUGGUUGCGCAACAGUCAGAGAGGAGAGAGGAUACGUGUUCAAGUGCAGUUUGUGCCAUUCAACUGCGCAUACGGACGAGCGGUGCACGCAGCCAUGGCGGUCAUUUCACCCUGAAGCAGAGACGAUCAAGACGGUUACUGCUCUGCCGGUGUCGUGCGCCUCAUGCGGAAGCAGCCAACAUUUCUCUGCGAACUGCAUCACGGAUAGAGUGGCCAUGGAUCCCACCUUUCCUACCAAUCCUACUUUUAGCAUGUACAACAUGAGUCGCUAUAUAGACGCAGCGAGUACGUCAUUUGCAAUCAUCGGUGCCGAUGAACUCGCACCGAAGCAACAGCCAGGAGACCUCAAGAUCCCGAUGACUCGGAUGAUGUGCAAUUCCUGGGCCAACGAGCCGUUCCCAAGCCUGUCCGGACGGGUCGUAUUAGGGUAUCGACCAGUCUUCAACCGCCCAACGGAGAUCAACAGCCUCCUCUGCCCCCUGGUCCACCACCUUCUGAUCCACCUCCGCCGCCUCCCAAUCGCGCACCAAGACACGGCUACUCGCAAACACCGGCUGGGCCAACGUCGCUCCCUGCUAGGCCGCCAGUUCCAUCGCGGGACUACAGAAGCGUACCGCCGCCUCCCUCCCAACCUGCACAAGAAUCUCGCCAACAGUCUGGACGAGGAGGUCGAGGUGGUGGCCGAGGUGGUGGCCGAGGAGGCAGGGGAGGAGGCCCAGGAGGAAACAGAGGCUACAGAGGAGGAAAAUUCAGAGGCGGCAGGGGUCGAGGCGGUUGAACUGCGAAUCGUGGUGGAAUUUGGGGACGUACAGACACGGAGAGGGCUAUGGGACGUCGAAUGGAGCAAGCACGCGUUGGGCGAUCUGAUACACAGCCCUUUACCCUCUGAUCUGCAGUGUCAAAGGCAAGGUACUUUGAUACCCCCUUGUACUAUGGUUUCUCAAUUUUGGAGCAAGGAUUCGACGAGAAAUGAUGGCGCUGGCUCAUUGCAACCCGAAAGGCUUCCUAAUGGAGGAAGAAGGUCGGAUAUGGAGGCUAUGCGCUGA